CUCCAGCCACGGCGCCCAGAGCUGUGAUCCGUGCGCUCCGCUCAGCCAUCCUGGACCGGGCCGCCAUGUCUAUGUGGAGGAAAACCCUCUACAGGAGUGUGUGCCUGGCUCUGGCCCUCCUUGUGGCUAUCACCGUAUUCCAGCGCAGUGUGACCCCUGGCCAAUUUCUUGAGGAUCCUCUACCGCCCACACUGGAGCCACCCAAAACUGAAAAUGGGGGCAAUUCCAUCAGCUUCUGGAAGAGCUCAAAGGAUACAGCGGCUCCCUCCCCCGUAGCCCCUCGGGGACCCCAAACCUGGGAUGUGAUUAGCUCUAACUGUUCUGCCAAUGACAACCUGACCCAUCAGCCCUGGUUCCAGGGUCUCGAGCCACAUUUCCGGCAGUUUCUAGCCUAUCGCCACUGCCGCUUUUUCCCCAUGUUGCUGAACCACCCGGAGAAGUGCAAAGGGGACGUCUACCUGUUGGUGGUCAUCAAGUCAGUCAUCACACAGCACGACCGCCGGGAGGUCAUCCGUCAAACCUGGGGCCGGGAGACAGAGUCAGUCAGUCCGGGCAGGGGUGCCAUGCGUACCCUCUUCCUGCUGGGCACAGCAUCCAAGCAAGAGGAGCGGACCCACUAUCAGCAGCUGCUGGCCUAUGAGGACCGUCUCUACGGCGACAUUUUACAGUGGGACUUCCUUGACAGCUUCUUCAACCUGACCCUCAAGGAGAUCCACUUCCUUAAGUGGCUUGACAUUUAUUGUCCCAAUGUCCCCUUCGUCUUCAAAGGGGAUGAUGACGUCUUCGUCAACCCCACCAACCUGCUCGAGUUUCUGUCUGACCGCCGGCCCCAGGAAAACCUAUUUGUAGGCGACGUCCUGAAGCACGCUCGGCCCAUCCGCAGAAAAGAGAACAAAUACUACAUCCCCACCGUCAUGUACAGCAAGGCCACCUACCCGCCCUAUGCUGGCGGAGGGGGUUUCCUCAUGUCUGGCGUUCUGGCUCGGCAUCUCCACCAUGCCUGUGACACAGUGGAGCUCUUUCCGAUUGAUGAUGUCUUCCUGGGCAUGUGCCUGGAGGUGCUGGGGGUGCAGCCGAUCGGCCACGAGGGCUUCAAGACCUUUGGCAUCUCUCGGGUCCGAAGCAGCCGGAUGAACAAGGAGCCCUGCUUCUACCGCGCCAUGAUUGUGGUCCACAAGCUGCUACCUCCCGAGCUGCUGGCCAUGUGGGACCUGGUGCACAGCAACCUCACCUGUUCCCUCAAGUUCCAGGUGCUCUGAUCUGGCCGGGACGCCAGCACAUUUGCCCUCAAGUCCUUGGGGGUCCUGGGGCUGGAGCUACAGUACAUGGCAGUCUUUGGUCCCCUGUGGGAGAGGUGAAGGGUCUGGGCCUUCUGUGCCCCUGGGUGUGGUGUGGUACAGAGAGCAAGAGAGGAACUUCCUUGACUGAAGUUCAUCUGAGGACCUGAAUCCCUCCUAGCCUAGGCCUGUAGCCUGGCCCCU